AUGGGCGCCUUCCUGGACAAGCCCAAGAUGGAGAAGCACACGGACCGCGGCGCGGGCAACGGUCUCAAGUACGCGCUGAGCAGCAUGCAGGGCUGGCGCGUGGAGAUGGAGGACGCGCACACGGCCACCGUGGGCCUGCCGUACGGCCUCGACCACUGGUCCUUCUUCGCCGUCUACGACGGGCACGCUGGCUCGCGCGUCGACUACUGCUCGCAGCACCUGCUCGACCACAUCACCUGCAACGCCGACUUCAGAGGUGACGGCUGGCCGUUGCUCUUCCUGUCCGUGUCGAGCGUGAAGACGGGGAUCCGCACGGGCUUCCUGCAGAUCGACGAGCGCAUGCGCGCCUUCUCGGAGCUGCGCAACGGCACGGACCGCAGCGGCUCCACGGCCGUGGCGCUGCUGGCGUCGCCGCGCCGCCUCUACUUCAUCAACUGCGGCGACUCGCGCGGCGUGCUGAGCCGGGGCGGGCGCGUCCACCUCUCCACCGAGGACCACAAGCCGUGCAACCCGCGCGAGAAGGAGCGCAUCCAGAACGCCGGCGGCAGCGUCAUGAUCCAGCGCGUCAACGGCUCGCUGGCCGUGUCGCGCGCGCUCGGCGACUUCGACUACAAGUGCGUCGACGGCAAGGGACCCACCGAGCAGCUGGUGUCGCCCGAGCCCGAGGUGUACGCGCUGGAGCGCGACGGCGCCCUCGACGAGUUCGUGGUGCUCGCCUGCGACGGCGUCUGGGACGUGGUAGGCAACGAGGAGCUGUGCGCCUUCGUGCGCUCGCGCCUGCUGCUCACCGACGACCUGGAGGCCGUGUGCAACCACGUGCUCGACACGUGCCUCUACAAGGGGAGCCGGGACAACAUGAGCGUCGUGCUGGUCACGUUCCCCGGCGCGCCCAAGCCCUGCCCCGAGGCCAUCAAGCGCGAGGCGGAACUCGACGCUUACCUGGAGGCGAAAGUCGAAGAGAUCCUGGAGAAGCACGGCAUGGAGGGGAUGCCCGACCUCCUCUACGUCAUGAGGACCAUGGCCACCGAGCCAAUCCCCAACCUCCCGCCCGGCGGGGGGCUCGCCAGCAAGUGA